CGGCGGCGCAGGCGCACAGCGCCACGGACACGCACACGCAGCCAGCUCCACGCACACACGGAUGUGCACACCCCCCUUGCACGGCGGGGGGAGGGGGGCAUGCACACCCCCCCCACACACACACCCCCCCCCCAGACACAGCGUGCGCACACGGGCAUGCACACGCACCCCCACACGUGCCCACACGCCGCUGGGAGUGGGGAGGCCCCACGCCCACCCGGGGUCCCCCCCAGCUGGGGCCCAGUGUGGGGUUCCCACAGCAUUCGUGCCGGGGGGGUGGCUGUGCCGGGGGGGAGCGGUCCCCAGGGCCAUGUCCAGCACCUCCGCUCACUUCCCCUUUGCCAGGCCUGGCCCCGGCUGGGACGGUGGCACGCGGGGACACCCCACUUUGGGCCGGGGGGUGUAACCUCCCCCCAGCCCCCCCACCCGCGGCAAGUGGGGCAGCCCUCAGCACCACGCACAGGAUAUGGUCCAUCCCAUUUCCCUGCACUGGGGGCAAAGUCUGCAGCACCCCACGGGGCCCGAUCCGGCACCGGUAGCUCCCCUGCACCCCCAGAUCCCCAUCCUGACACCCCAGCAGGGUGCCCGGCCAAACCCCAGGGGGGUGGGGGGGGGGGGCCCAGCCGGAUCAGCCCCAGGGCUGCGCAGCUGCAGCACAUCUGGCGAGGGCGGGUCGGCAGCAGGGCCGGACGCACAUCAGGAGGGGGGGGGGCAGUGCCGGGCCCCCCGCAGCCCCCCAGCUGGGACACGGACCCCCGGCCAAAAGCAAGAGUGGGGGCCUCCCAAAUACUGCAAGACCUACACAAACAGGGCACCCACCGGGCUGUUGGGGGGGGGGGCAGACAGGGUGCCCCCACCCCCUGCGUCCUCCCAGGAUCCCACCCCAGUGGGGAAGGCCAAGGGGAAACUGAGGCACAGUUCAGCUGGCUGCCAUCAGCCCCAGGGCACCCUCCAGCCCUGCCCGGUCCCCAAAAGGGGGGACACGGGACAGGCGCCCCCCCCCAGCUCGUUCCCACAACACCGUGCGGCGGGAAUGGCCCCAGAGCCAGCGCGGGGGAGGGGCCCCACCCACCGCCACCCAGUCGCUGAACUGGUCCCACUGGGUCCCACCGCCGUCGGGGCGGCUCCGGCGGGGGACAGCGCCCGGGGCCGGCCCUGCCCGGGCCUGCACCGUCCCCCGGGGCCAGGGAGGGGGGGGAGCGGGGAUGGGGGGGGUGCCCUGCCACGCCCCGACCCACGGGAGCCUCCCCGACGGCGGGUGCCGCGGGGCACCCAUGCCGGCACGGCGCGGGAACGGGCAAGGGCACCCAUCCACAGCGGUGCCGGGCGUGGGGAAGGAGGUGGGGAGGGGGGGGGGGGGGGUCUGGCUGCCUCCCCACGGCACCCAGCGAGCGUCCGGGGAAACUGAGGCACGCCACGACAGGAGCCCACCUCCAGCGGCUCCCAGCUGCCGGCGCGGCAGGGCGGUGAUUACCGGGGCCGUGAUGGACGACCCUGUCAGGGGGAAAUGGAAUCAGGAGCAGACGCGAUGAUUGCCUUCAUCGCCUCCCCCACGGGCGGCCCCCGCGCCGCCGGCGAACAAAGAGCCGCCGCGGGGACGCAGCGCAACCCCGGCCCCCCCGGCCCCGCCGAGCCCCCCAUCUCCCAGCCCGGCGGCGGUGGGUGCCGGGGACGGUGACAGCCGACUAAGCAGGGCCAGCUGGGCCGUUAACAGCCGGGGUAUAAACACGGCCAUUAACGAAGGCGGCCACACAGCAGCAAUUAACUGACACACACCCCGCCGAGCGCCACUGCCCGCUCCGUGCCUCAGUUUCCCCAGCGGCAGCGCUAACGGGGAUACACGGGGAGAAGCGCCCCGCGCUCGUUUCCCACCGGGCAGGAAGCCCGUGCCCCCCAAACAGAGCACCCCACGGGUGGGUUGCUGUGGGGGCUGGGGGUAAGGAGACACCCCCCAAACCCCCCCACACAUCCCCCACCAGUGCCGGUGCUGGAGCAGCAGCCUGGGGACAACACUAAAGUCCCACACUGGGGACAGGCGCUGGCACAGAGGGGUCCCCGCACACACACCCCCCCAAGUGCUGGGGGUCGUGUGUGUGUCCCCCCCACCCCAUGGGG